AUGACGAAGUCUAUUUCAUCAUUACUUAUUAUCCUUAUCUUCUUUUUCCUAACAGCUAUUUUUCAAGUAACUCCUAAUUCACAUUUUGUUCGACCAUAUCCUGAAGGUUUUCAAUCACAUUGGUUAACUAAUUCUAAUGAUAAUAAAGAUGAUUUUUUAAAACGAUGGUUUGAUCAUAAACGAGUGAUUGAUUCAAAUAAAAAUCGUGCUGCUGCUGCAUCAUCAUUAUUCAAUGUUCUACAUCCCGUUAUUCCAUUUAAAGGAUGUAUUGAUCCAUCGGAACCAUUUCAAUGUCCUCAAAGUCAACAAUGUAUUGCUCUUCAAUUUAUUUGUGAUGGUCAUCCAGGUGAUUGUCCUGAUAAUCUUGAUGAAAAUGAAGAAACAUGUAUUGCAGCGAAACGUCCAGCAAAGGAAAAUAUUGAAAAAUUUCUUCAUGCUGCAUAUACAUUACAUGGUUCAAAAUUAUUUACAUUUCUAUUUGGCGAAAAACUUUCGAGAAGUAUUGAUGAAAAUAAAAUAUUUUGGUUUGAUACAUUAGCAUCAGCAUUUUCUGUGUCGAAAAAUAUUCAUAGUUUUGCUGAAAAAACAUUUAUGUCAUCAGGUGAUCUAGCACAUUUUCGAAAUAUUUUUCAAUUAAUUCAUGAUGGUCGAUUAGAAGAUAUUCCUUUAUUUGCACAAGAAGCUGUUAAUCAAGGUCUUGCAGCCUUGGUUGAAAAGCUCUAUGACUCGGGUUUUAUGGAUUAA